AUCAUUUUUAAUGUUUAUGCGGGGACAUACAUGAACAUUUUGACAAAUAACAUUUUGAGAAGGUGUCUAGAAACUGAACGUUUUGAUCAAAGCAAGUCUUCAGCUGUGGAGCAGAAAGACACUUCCUUAUUCAUAGUCAGUGUUGAAGAUCAAACUGUUCAGAUCCAUCAUGAAUGAAACACAAACAUCUGGAGAUGAAGAGUAUUCUCCAGCCUGCAGCUCAGUUCAUCAGAAGAGAUCAGAAGCAGAGCCCAGCUGUGUGUCUAUGAAGAGUGACUGCUCUAUGAAACAGCCAGUGAGGUUUAAGAGUGAAGAUUCACAGCCUGGACUCAGUUCAGUUCAUCAGAAGAGAUCAGAAGCAGAGUCCAGCUGUGUGUCUAUGAAGAGAGAGACAUCUGUGAUUCAGUCUUUAGAUUUUAAGAGAGGAGUCCUCGACACACUUAGAUCAAAUCUGCUGAAGAAGUUUGAGUGUCUGUGUGAGGGAACAGCGACGCAGAGAAACCCAACACUGCUGAAUGAGAUCUACACAGAGCUCUACAUCACAGAAAGUGAGAGAGGAGAGAUCAAUAAUGAGCAUGAGGUGAGACAGAUUGAGACACAAUCCAGGAGAGAAGUAACACAGGACACAUCCAUCAAAUGCAAUGAUAUCUUCAGACAUUUACCUGGACAAGACAAAGACAUCAGAACAGUGCUGACAAAGGGAGUCGCUGGCAUUGGAAAAACAUUCUCUGUGCAGAAGUUCAUCCUGGACUGGGCCGAAGGGAAAGAGAAUCAGGACGUCCAGCUCAUAUUUCCACUUCCUUUCAGAGAAAUCAACUUGAUGAAGGACAAAACACUCAGUCUUUCAGAUCUUCUUCAUGUCUUUUUCCCUGAAACUAAAGAAAUGGAAAUAUCCAGCGAUGAAUAUAAAGUGUUGUUCAUCUUUGAUGGUCUGGACGAGUGUCGUCUGUCUCUGGACUUUAAGAGUAAAGUGAAACUGUGUAAUAUAUCUGAGUCAGCCUCAGUGGAUGUGCUACUGAUGAACCUGAUUGUGGGGAAUCUGCUUCCCUCUGCUCUCAUCUGGAUCACCUCCAGACCAGCAGCAGCUGUUCUCAUCCCCUCUGAGUGCGUCCAUCGAGUGACAGAGGUACGAGGUUUCAAUGAGCCACAGAAGGAGGAAUACUUCAGGAAGAGGAUCAGUGAUCAGAGUCUGGCCGACAGGAUUAUCUCACAGCUGAAGUCCUCCAGGAGUCUAUUUAUCAUGUGUCACAUCCCAGUCUUCUGCUGGAUCUCAGCCACUGUUCUUGAGAAGAUCUUGAGUCGAGCAGAGACUGGAGAGAUUCCCAAGACUCUCACUCAAAUGUACACACACUUCCUGAUCCUUCAGACCAACAUCAAACAUGAGAAAGACUAUGAGAAGAAGGUGACGGAUGAAGAUAUGAUCCUCAAACUGGGGAAGUUGGCUUUUCAGCAGCUAGUGAAAGGAAACCUGAUCUUCUAUGAAGAAGACCUGAGAGAGUGUAACAUUGAUGAGACAGAAGCAUCAGUUUAUUCAGGACUGUGCACUCAGAUCUUCAGAGAGGAGCUGGGCUUGUUUCAGGGUAAAGUCUUCUGCUUCGUUCAUCUGAGCCUUCAGGAACAUCUAGCAGCUCUAUAUGUACACCUCUCCUUUACAAUUGAGAAGAGAAAUGUGUUUGAUCAAACCAAACAAAGUCUGUUGCCUAAGGUUUUAAGCUGGAUGAAGUCACUAUCUGAGCUGCAUCAAAGAGCUGUGAACGAGGCUCUACAGAGUAAGAAUGGACACCUGGAUCUUUUCCUGCGGUUUCUUAUGGGCCUCUCAGUGGAGUCCAAUCAGACUCUCUUAAGAAAAGUACUGACACAGACAGGAAGCUGCUCCUACAAUAAAAAGGAAACAGUUCAGUUCUUCAAAGAGAAGAUCAGGGAGAAUCACUUUUCAGAGAAAUCCAUCAAUCUGUUUCACUGUCUAAAUGAAUUGGGUGAUGAUUCACUGAUGCAGGAGAUCCAGGAUUAUCUGAAAUCUGGAGAAAUAAGAGAAAUCAAACUUUCCUCUUCCCAGUGGUCAGCUCUGGUUUAUGUGUUGCUGACAUCAGAGCAGAAGAUGGAUGUUUUUGAUCUAAAACAGUUUAUUGGAGAACAACAUACAGGAGACUAUGUUCUUCAGUAUCUGUUACCUGUGGUUAAAGAAUCCAGAUCAGUUCGGCUAUGUGGAUGCAAACUCACUGCUCAGUCUUGUGAAAGUUUGUCUUCAGUUUUACAAUCCUCAAACUCAAACAUCCUGAGAGAGCUGGACCUGAGUAACAAUGACCUGCAGGAUUCUGGAGUGAAGCUGCUCUCUGAAGGACUGAAGAGUCCAAACUGUCAUCUGCAGAUUCUGAGAUUGUCUGGCUGUAUGGUGACAGAGAAAGUGUCUUCAGCUCUGACUUCAAACCCCUCACACCUGAGAGAGCUGGAUCUGAGCUACAAUCAUCCUGGAAAUUCAGGAGUGAAGCUGCUCUCUGAAAAACUAGAGGACUCAACCUGCUCAUUGGACAAAAUCAAAGUUGAUCAUGGAGGAGAAACAAGGAUUACAGCAGGAAUGAAGAAAUAUGAGUGUUUUUUCACACUGGAUCCAAACACAGCACACACUCGUCUCCUUCUGUCUGAGGAGAACAGAGAGGUGACACAUGUGUCUCAGUCUCAGUCGUAUCCUGAUCAUCCAGACAGAUUUGAUGUGUAUCAUCAGGUGUUGUGUAGAGAGAGUGUGUGUGGACGCUGUUACUGGGAGACUGAGUGGAGUGGACAUGUGGAGAUAUCAGUGUCAUAUAAGAACAUCAGCAGGAAGGGACGGGGUAAAGAGUGUUGGUUUGGAUUUAAUGAUCAGUCCUGGAGUUUGAUCUGCUCUCCUGACAGAUACUCAUUCACACACAAUAACAGAGAGACUGAUCUCUCUGUGAAGCCCAUCAUCAGAAGAAGAACAGGAGUGUAUAAAGAUAUCUACAGAGUAGGAGUGUAUGUGGAUGAGAGCGCAGGAUCUCUGUCCUUCUUCAGCGUCUCUGACACAAUGAGACUCAUCCACACAGUACAGACCACAUUCACUCAGAAACUCUGUUCUGGCUUUUAUCUGUAUUUUUCUGAAUCAUCAGUGAAACUGUGUUGAUGAAUCAGAAGAGACUGAUGACAUUCUGCCUUCUGAACAUUCGCCAAAGACUUUCAUUUUCAGAUUAGGGCAAUGAAACUCACUUCCGCCCUCUGCAUGCCCUACUGCAGAGACGGACUGAAGUUUACCGGCUGUGAUCUUACUUAAUGUUGCAAAUCCCAUUGGGCUUGUUUCUCUCUCAACAAACAUUGCUUUCUGGCCACUAGGGAAGGGUUUGGGUCACUUUUACAUUGAGCAUCAAUGUGCCCAUCUUUGCAACGCCGAAAACAUUAUCCAGGACGAGGUAGAAGCCAGUCUGUCUCACGUACCUGAGUCAAAAGAUCGGGGUCACACCUUUUCAAAAUUUCCACUGGAACCUACCAGUUUGUGCAUCUGACUUUUCUGUGCUUCCAUUGUGACCAUUUGAGCUUUUAACUCAAUUACUUGGUUUUUUAACUCUGCAAGCUCUGAAGUACCCGAAUCACUGAGCAGCAACUUUCUAGGCACAACUGACUCCAUAGCCUGGACUUGCGCUUUCAAGUCAUCUACUUCUGCUCUUAAUUUUAAGAGCUCAAUCGUGCCCUUAAAAUCAACCUGUCCAUUCGUAGAGCCUGGAAUCUUCAGAGUAACUACCCGUGGCUGAACGCCUGAUGGUCUGUUUUUAUUUAGGUCACUUUUAACAGGUUUUUUAUCUCCCACUUCAGUUGCCUGAGUAACUUCAAAUAUACCACUGGAGAUGCUUGAGGGCUGACAAGAAACUGUCCAGUAUUUUUCUAAUGCGAGACAAGUUAGAAAUGGAUGGGUCAUCAAGCAAGAAAUCCACACUUGCCCUUCAGGUAUCAAAGUCUGGUUCAUUAGCAGGUCAUGGAAGUUUCCCUGAAAAUGACCUCAACCACACAGGAACAUACUGAGUUGAUGCAGCAUCUGUAGGCCUCACAAUAUGUUCGACUACUACUCGUUGUACAUUAGGGGGAUUUACAUUAGGGUGCUGCGGGUUCUGCCAGUGUUAAACCACUCACUAGAACAGCGCCACUUUCUCACAUUUCACAAUGUCCAUAAUCUUGCAAUAAGAGCAUUGUUUGCACUACUUCUAACUCAAUGAGAAGUUUCUAUUGUUGUGUGACACUUCAAAUUCUCCUGGCUGGCUCGCCACAAUUUUGUAACCCUCUCUCUCUUUUUGACACAGACAAGAAGAAAUUCUGUGUAUGAUGAGAUUAUUCAGAAUACUAAGUUUGUCUGCGGAGAAUAAGGAUGUCACAACAACAAUGAACCAGAAACACAGCGUAUUAAGUUGGACCAAAUGUAUUAAUCUUCUUUGGAAAAGUGUUAGAUUUCAAUAAAUAUAUACAUCAAUAUGGAAAAGUACAAUGCAGUUCUCAACCCAAAUAAACAAAAUUAAAUUUCGAGAACUCUUCUGAAUUCACAUUGAGGACGAAAGAAAAGAAAACAAAAGCAACACAAAUAAACAGUAAAAGAAAAAAACCUGUUUAAAUCUCUUAAUCAAUGCUUAUCUCUUAAAAUUUCCUAAUUAGAUAUCUUUUCUUUAGUCCAAAUACUCAAAAAAAGAAAAAACAAUGAAUUGCAAAUAGAUUUACACAUAUAUAUAUAUAUAUCCCUUGACAUAUAUUUUCAACCUCAGGUUUCAAAACGGGUUGAUUCAAACAAAAAAAACAAUUCAUUACCAAAUUAUAUUCGCAACCUUGAAUUGCUCCUUGAAUUGUCUUUCCUCUGUGAAUCGAAUCUUAUGAAUAAUGAAACCGUUGUAUGUGCUGCGAACUCAAUCUCCUACCAUCCAAAUCGGCAACAAACUAAGUUUCACGCGAUCCCAAUCCUCAAUUUGGUCCGUGGCUCGCCAGUCCCGACUCCCUCCACGAAUACAGGAGUUAGAACGAAAUGAAAUGCAGAAAUUUCAAUCCAAUAAGCAUCUGUCCAACGCAGCAGUUCACAGCUUUCACUCGAUCAGACAACAAGGACAUUCAAUAAGUAAACGAAUAUUUUCUUUCGAAGAAAAGGGGAAAAAAGGAGAGAGAGAAAAAAAAAAAACCCUGACCAAUACUCAAUCUUGAAUAAACUGAUCUCUUUUUUCCUGAGACACUUAGUUACAUCUUCUUUUGUUGCAUAUCCAUAUGGUAGAAAAUACCAAUAUCUAAAGAAAAUAUCUAUUUUAACAGAUAUUGUAUACAAAAUGUUAACGAACUAUGCAAUAACCAUAACUAUGUGUGUCACAUGUUGUAAAUCUGUUUAACUUCUCUUCUUCUCAUACAAUUUGAUUCUUCACUCAAAUUCUCUCUAACCACAUAUAACUUUCAUUUUAGUCCAAAAAUCACCACAAAAAAAUAAUUCGGGAGAGCUACAACUCGCGUCUUCUCUUCCAAUCUGAAGAACGUGAGUUCCUUCCCUCGUGCAAAAUCCGGCAACUGAAAAUGCCUUAUGCAGCAAAACCGAAUCCUUAUUGGUUGUUCUACCCAAAGACAAAAUUAUUUUACUGUCCAUUUUAAACGCCCAUGAACUAUACAUAAACUAUAUACAAUAAAGAAAAUUUAUCCAUUUAUCUCUUUCGAUCAUAUUUUAAUGCUAUUAGUAACCUGGGUUACACAUGCAUUAAUCAACACAAAUCUUACUUGAACACUUCUAUCCAUUGCUUGGAAUACAUCACGGUGAAAUUAGAUUUUUUCUGUAUUAUGUAGAUGGAUAUUAUGAGCUUAAUGGUGAUAGAAUAGCUUUGGAAUUUAGGGGUUGUUUUUGGCACGGAUGUACUUGUCGUUUUAAUCCUGGCGAUUUGAACCCCGUAUCAAAAAUACCUUUUGGGCAACUAAGAAGAAUGUCUGACCACAAGAUGGAAGUUCUGCCCAACAGUUAUCAACUUCGCGUUCUUACAAUUACAGAAUGCGAAUGGGAGAAAGCUAAACAAAAUGAUCUGGAUGUCAUAGUGUUUAUGGCCAAUUACAAAUCAGAUGAGAGGCUUAACCCUCAUAAAUGAUAUCAUAAAUGAUCAUCAAAUGAUAUCAUAAAGCAUCCAAGGAUGAACGUGUUUCAUAUUUUUACGUAACGUCUCUAUACCCCUAUGUACAAUCUUGUCAAAAUUAUCCAAUAGGUCAUCCUGUGAUCAUUUAAAAGAUUUUGAGCCGGCGGAGACGUAUUUUGGUUCUUACCACCUCUAGGACUGCUCCACCCCCUUUUCCCUUUCAAAUCUUGCGAGGGUAAACAUUUGUUUGCUCUCUGUUGCACAUGUGCAGAACUCCAACUUCAGAAUUCAUGUCACCAUAGUGAUGAAGAAAGGUACCUUUCAGUUGUCUGGACAUCUGUCAAGCUUUCCAAGGCCAUCGAAAUAGGUUAUUCGGUUGUCAGAAUUGUGGAAGUAUGGCAUUUCCCCCAAACAAUUGGGAUUUACUUCACUCAAAAAAGGCUGGUAAAUUUACAAACAUUUGCCAAGUAAAAGCCUAUCAAUAAUUAUUUAUAAGUAAAUGAAGCCCAUGAGCUGAAAGCACGCAUUUGUGAGAUUCUUACAACCCAACAGUACCUCGUUUCCCUCAAUGACAAUGAUGGCGUCAUCUAUGUUGGCAUCUCCUGCAGUGAUGCCCAGUACAACAAUCUUCAUUACAUGAUUGGUGAAGCUAUGUUUACUCAUGUCUCUGCUGACAUCCUGUCAAAUAAACUGCUGUUCAAAUAAAAAGUGCAAAGUGGUUACAAUACUGUA